AAAAUAAAAUAGUAAAUCAAAAGAAACCCUACAAAAACCCUUCCAAAACCUUCUCUGCUCCUCUUUCUCUAACUUUAGGGUCCGUCCGCCAUUGCAUGGAAACUCCCAAAGCCUUCCCUGCCUGGCUUUCUUUACUUUAGGGUUGGACUUUCGUGCUCUUCAAGACAUAAAACCCUCCAAAAACCAUUUCUUCAACAACCAACUAUCAGUCAAUUUUAUGUGAAAAAAGAAGAAAAAGGAAAUGGGGAAAACAUAUGCAAUAGGAUUAAUCUCAGCUAUCGCUGCAUCUUCUCUCUCACAGUCGAAUUCCAUCGCUUACGCCGACGGCCCUUUCAACUUUUCCACACUCUUCCCGUCUUCUUCUGCUCCUUCUCCAACCAAUUCGAAUACUCCUUCUCAGUCUCCUUCAUUUCCGUCAUCUGGUCAAUCUAUGCCGUCCAAUUCCGCUCAGUCUGGUGCGGCUGAUGCUGCUGAUUCUGCUCCUAAAGCUCCCAGAAAUGAUAACCCUAGAACGACGUCUGCUGGGUUCGACCCCGAGGCUCUCGAGAGGGGUGCUAAGGCCUUAAGGGAGAUUGCCUCCUCAUCUCAUGCUAAGAAGGUCUUUGAAGUAAUGAAGACUCAAGAAGCAACGAGGCAGACAGAAUUGUCAGCAAAGGCUGCAGAGUUUAAGGCAAUGCAAGCGCAAGCUGAAACUGAGAGACAAAGGGUGAUAUAUGAUGAACAGAAAAAGUUGGCUCAGCAUCAAGCGCAAACUAAAUCCCAGAUGGCACGUUAUGAGGAUGAACUGGCAAGAAAAAGGAUGCAGGCUGAUAAUGAAUACCAAAGAUCAAGGAAUCAGGAGCUUGUCAAACUGCAAGAAGAAUCAUCGAUAAGGCAAGAGCAAGCUCGACGAGCCACAGAAGAACAGAUUCAAGCACAACGGCGACAGACGGAGAGAGAAAAAGCUGAGAUAGAACGUGAAACGAUCAGGGUGAGAGCUAUGGCAGAAGCAGAAGGGAGAGCCCAUGAAGCGAAGUUAGCUGAAGAAGUUAACAGGCGGAUGCUGGUUGAUCGUGCAAAUGCUGAAAGAGAGAAAUGGAUCGCUGCUAUAAAUACUACUUUCGACCAUAUUGGAGGUGGUUUACGAGCCAUCUUAACAGAUCAAAAUAAGUUGAUUGUUGCUGUGGGGGGAGUGACUGCUCUUGCGGCUGGGAUUUAUACCACAAGAGAGGGUGCAAAAGUUAUAUGGAGUUACGUUGAUAGAAUAUUGGGACAACCAUCACUAAUCAGAGAGUCCUCCCGAGGGAAAUACCCUUGGUCAGGAUUUUUUACACGUGGCAUGAGCACUGUAUCACGCGCUGCAAAUAAAGGGUCAUCUUCUAAAACUGGAAAUGGGUUUGGUGAUGUGAUUUUACAUCCUUCUCUUCAGAAAAGAAUUGAACAACUAUCCAAUGCAACUGCCAAUACCAAAUCCCAUCAGGCGCCUUUCCGAAAUAUGCUCUUCUAUGGCCCUCCGGGAACAGGGAAAACAAUGGCUGCCAGAGAGCUUGCUCGUAAAUCUGGACUAGAUUAUGCAUUGAUGACUGGCGGUGAUGUUGCUCCACUGGGAUCACAGGCUGUUACUAAGAUACACCAGUUAUUUGAUUGGGCUAAGAAAUCUAACAGGGGCUUGUUGCUGUUCAUCGAUGAGGCAGAUGCAUUUUUAUGCGAGCGGAACAAGACCUACAUGAGUGAAGCUCAACGAAGUGCACUUAAUGCCCUUCUUUUCCGCACUGGUGACCAGUCUAAGGAUAUAGUCCUUGCUCUUGCCACAAACCGUCCAGGUGACCUUGAUUCAGCUGUGGCAGAUCGAAUUGAUGAAGUCCUGGAAUUCCCCUUGCCUGGGGAAGAGGAACGCUUCAAGCUGCUUAAGCUUUAUUUGGACAAGUAUAUAGCUCAGACUGGAGUGAAAUCUGGUGGUUGGCUCCGAAAUUUGUUCAAAAAACAGCCGCAGAAGAUAGAGAUUAAGGGACUGACUGACGACAUCUUGAAGGAGGCAGCAGCUAAAACUGAGGGAUUUUCCGGUAGAGAAAUAGCAAAAUUGAUGGCUAGUGUACAAGCCGCAGUUUAUGGGAGUCAGGAUUGUGUACUUGACCCUAACCUGUUCCGCGAAGUGGUAGAUUAUAAAGUUGCAGAACAUCAACAGAGGAGUAAACUGGCAUCAAAGUCAGAUGGAAAAAAUGUUUCGUAGAAUCCCAUGAACCAUACUUGUAUUGGAUAAUUUGUAGGUAGAUGAGUAUCUACUGGGUAACCAGAAGGGCCAGCAUUCAUUUUUGUUCCGGGCAUUAUGUUGUUCUCAUUAUUUGCCCCUAAUGAUGGGGGAUUUUGGAAUUUGCUUAUAUUUUUAAUAUUUUAGGUUUCAUUAUUGAUUGCUCAAUGUUCAUA